AUGUUGAACAUUCUUCCAUUCCGAACUUCUCUUUUCGGAAGACUUUCAUGUUCUUCUUCAUUCUUCGGAUCAUCAUCAACCACUGCAUGGUUUCAUCAACAUCAUCCUUCGUUUCUUUUAUGUACUAGAAAAACGUUCUUCUCUCAUCAACCCCAUCAUUCCUAUGCAACCGUUGUCGUUUCCAAACGACCCAAUCGCAAGAACAACGAUGAACAUGAUGAUGAUGAAUUGAAUGAUGAUAUUCCUUCCCAAUUACCAUCCUCCGUACAACCUUCCCUAUCGGAACAUGAUUCUUUUGUAUUAACUCUUCCCGUAACCUCCACCAGACAAAAAAUAUUUAAAGAACUUGGUCAUUUACCUCCCGUAUUGAAUCAAGUAGAGAAGGAAAAAAGAGCUUGUUCCGAACGAGUUUCAAAAUAUUUAUCGAGAAUGGGAGUGUGUUCCAAGCAACAAGGAGUGGAAUUGAUUAAAGAAGGAGUUGUAAAAGUGAAUGGAGAGGUUGUUACAGAGACAGGUUGUAAAAUUAAUCCGUUUUUUGAUAGUGUUACGGUUAGAGGUGAAAAAAUUAAUAACGAUAAAGUAUUGAGUCAUGUGAAAAUUUAUGCCUAUCACAAGCCACGAGAAGUUUUAUGUAGUCGAGUUGACAAUCAAGGAAAUCGCGAAACAUUAUAUCAAAGACUUGAACGACUUGGAUUUGGACAUUUAAUAUCAGUGGGACGACUGGACUAUAAUUCUGAAGGACUUUUAUUAUUAACCAAUGAUGGACAGCUUGCACGUCACUUAGAACUCCCUCAAACAGGUCUACAACGACAUUAUUUGAUCAAAAUUCAUGGCAAAGUGACUCAAUCCAUGUUAGAUUCACUUCGAAAAGGAUCUAGCAUUGAAGGAGUUCACUACGCAGGAAUGGAUGCGACUAUUCACAGAGAGGGAGAAAAAUCGAGUUGGAUCAAGGUAGUUUUACAUGAAGGAAAAAAUAGAGAAAUUAGAAAGAUUUUCCAACAUUUACAUUAUCCCGUGAGUAGGAUCAUUCGAAUUCAAUACGGGCCCUACAAGUUGGAGAAUAUUCAAAAAGGACAGCUCAAAGCUCUUGAACUGCACAAUGACAUGAAAAAGUAUUGCAGUUCCAUCAGUAGACUUUCCGAGAAAAUUAUUAAGGAUCGAAUUGAUGAAGACCAAAAAGAACAACGACGACAUUCGAAUUGA